UUCUCCAGACAUUUUAUAUAUGAUAACUACUACUUCCCCGUCUGUGAUUUAAUCUACAAAUUCACCGAGUCCAUUCCUCCCAUAACCAGCUAAAUAGCUAAUUAAAAUCAUUUUCCGAUGGAGACUUUGUCGCCAAGAAGAGCAAGCAAAAUUAAUAGCUUUUGCAGCAGAAGCCAUAACAAGGGUACCAAAAACCCAUAUUCGACGCGUGGGUUAGACAAGUUCUCUGCACUACUAGCUGAGCUUGAAGAGAAAAAGCAAAAGAUUUAUUCACAGAGGGGUUCAGAAGAUAUAUCUCUUGUUCGUUUCGUCUAUAAAGAUACGGAUGACUUUGUUCCAAUCGUGGUAAAGGUGAAGAAAGAGAAAACCAAGAGUGUCGAUGAUAUCAAAGAGACGUCUGUACAGCAUGAAUCAAAAACCGUGGAUAAGUUUCUAGUAGAUCAAUCAAAAGGUAAAGGCAAGCUCUCAAGAUCCAUAUCAGAUGAUAGGAUUAUCACUAAAAAGAAGAGCUUUUCAUGGAAUGAGAUAAAGUUAAAUGAUUGGAGGCGACCCUCUUAUUACUUGCCGGCAGCUAUCAUCUUGAUUUUGUUGUUUCUAGUAUUUUUUGGGAGAUCAUUUGCAAUACUCUGCACUUCUAUUGGAUGGUACAUGGUACCUACAUUACAGGGAGAGAACUCUUCAAAUGAAAUAAGCCAAGAAAGGAAGAAAAAAUAUGUAAGAGGAAUGAGUGAGAUCAAGACGGUCAGUAAUGAAUUAUCUUCUCCUAAGAGUAGUAAUAACUGUGGGGCUGUCAAAGUUCAAUCUCCAAAGAGUGGUAAUAACUCUCGGGCUGUGAAAGAUCAAUCCCGAGGACUACGUGGUAAUCGAAAAAGCUGGUGAAGAUGAUGAUCUGAUCCUUUGUUUUUUUAUUUGUUUUGUUAAUUGAUAUAAAGUAAUACCUGUUGGGUUAGGUUGGAAAUUCAAUCUAAUGUUUGACAUGUCGAGAAAUGUAAAUUAUGAUUAGUAAAUAAUUAUUUGGGUUGAGUAAGGGUAGAGCAACAACCCUUGUCAUGUAAUCAACAAGUUACUUUGAAUGGCAUUGGCAUUGUGAUUUUUGUAAGAAAA